AUGCUUUUGGAAAAUUACAAAAUUUAGCAAGCGGCUUACAGAGAUUAUUUAAGAGAGAUGGAGAGUAUUUACGGCUUAGCAGUAUCAGAUGCUGAUUGGAAUUUCUAUGAAUUUCCAGAUGAAUUCUUUGAGGAAGAUAUGGUUAUAUGGAUCGAUCCAUUAGACGGAACAAAAGGGUUUACUGAAGGUCAUGUCCAUCAUAUUACAAAUAUGAUUGGUCCCUUCUACAACGAAUUUUAUCAAUAAGGAAGAACUUAUUUUGGCACUCCUGAAUGUGGUCUAUUCAUUAAGGACAAAUUUCCAGAAAAACUCAGAAGAAUUCAAAGAGUGACUCCACUCUUACCAUUUCCAAUGGAGGAUUGCAUAGAGGACAAGGACUACAACAUUUGGUACUGUGGGACUUUCAACAGAAAUUAGGACUGCAUGAAUCAGAUAAUGGGUGCUAUCAAACCAAUUAAUGUUGCCAAAGUAGCUGGAUCAGGAAAUAAGGUCAUUUAUAUAUUGGACUAAAAAGCAGAUUACUAUGUGAAUUUGGUUCCAGGGUUUAAAUUUUGGGAUAUGUGUGCAGCUGAGGCAUUAAUCUAAGCCAGGAUGGGAAUAGUCACUGAUGCUCAUUAGAGACCUUUGAUAUAUGAUCACACCAAGCCAGAUUAUACCAUUAGAGAAGGUAUAAUAAUAGCUAAGAAUAAGAAGGUGUAUGAUGUCUGUGCUAGGAGAGUAAUUGAAACUCUGGGAAAGGAUAUUCCUACAAUUCAUGCAGAAAUGCUUCUAGAAAUUGACCAGAAAUCGAAUGAGAGAAAGGUUGCUAGAGAGGAAUAAUAAAAAGAUGGAUAGCAUAAGGCAAGAUAAAGGCUACAGAGACACUAAAAGCUAGAAACAACAAGGACAGAGCUGCAUAUAGAUCCUGCGACUUAGGUCAAGAACUUCCAGUGA